AUGACUCGAACUCAAGUCCCUUACCCCUCCCCUGCUACUCUGAAGCGGUUCCCUCACAUCCAUGAUGACCCUUCAACCAUCUCCCACACCCUUGACCCAUUCACCAUCACCACUCAGACAGGCUUUUUGCCCUAUGAGACUGCCCCUGUUGAUCUACCAGAGGCUUUUAGUGCCCUGCUGUCCCUAGUCAACCGUCUCCCUGUCGUCAGGCUCGAUGGCAAGCCUGGUCUGCUGGCCACCUAUGAGCUUGGCCCUGCUGUCAAGGCCGAGCUCACCGACCUAACUGAUGAGGUUGAGAAGCUUGUUCUCGCAGAUGGCUCCCCAGAUCGCUUCACUAUUGCAGCCGUCUUUCGUGACUACACCUUCCUGGCUUCGUCGUACUUGCUCGAGCCAUGCUGGGAGCACUGGAAUAAGAACCCCGAGGGCGGCUAUGGACUCGGUCGUGAUGUCUUGCCUAAGUCUGUUGCUCGUCCCAUGUAUCGCUGUGCUGAGAUUCUCAACCUGCCACCCUUCAUGUCCUAUGCUGCUUCAUAUGCUCUGUUCAACUACACUGUUGCUGACCCUGCCAAGGGUCUGAGCGAGUACUCGAACCUUCGUCUGAUCCGCUCCUUCGAGAGGGGUCUCGACCCCAAGAGCUCUGAGGCUGGCUUCAUCCUGACUCAUGUCGACAUGGUGAAGGAGACUGGUCCCCUCAUCGGCGGAGUCCUGAAGGUCGUUGACUCUCUUGAGCAGCAUGGCUCCCGACAGGAAAUCAACGAUGGAUUCCGAGAGAUCCUAAAGUCAAUGGAGAAGAUUGAAGAAUCCAUGGAAGGCAAAUCCCUCUAUUGGACCAUCUCUGUGAAAUCCCCAUGCCCGAAACCCCCCCUCACCAAAAUCCUCCACGAAUUCCGCGCCUACCGUCCCCUCCCUCACCGCGAAUUCCUCACCUACAUCCGUGAGAAAUCCGAAGAAAUCGGCGUACAGAAAUACGCCGUCCAAGAUUCCGAAACUGCAGUCCUCUUCCUGCGCACCCUGAACCACAUCCGCAGUUUCCGCUGGCGACACUGGCUGUUCGCGCGUGAGUAUAUCAUUCGUCGUACACCGCAUCCUACCGCUACCGGUGGUAGUCCUAUCGUCACAUGGCUUCCAAAUCAACUCUCUGCUGUCAUGGAGCUUAUGGUCAAAAUCUACGAUACUCAUCUUGCCCCCAGCGAUGUUGCGGAUAGCGAUGCAGACCUCGUUGCAGUCCACAGAAAGCAAGUCGAGCCUAUGAUGGAGCUGGUGCGUGAUCAGAAGGAGAAAUUGGCGAGGGAAGUGGAGCGGUGGUGUCAGGAACGUGGGGUUUAG